AUGAUGGACAAAGAUUUACCAGAAGUCAUUUCAUCCAUGAGAGAAAUGGGUGAAAAGGGAAAGGAGAACAUUUUGGUUCAUAAUGCAUGUGAAAUUACUUUACGAAGUAGCAUCGCUCAAGACUGAUACUCUCACUUACAUAAUGGGAGGAGGGGGUGGUUUUAUCUUUGACCAUAUCUGGAUGCUCGGCGGAGAGGAGAUUUCAGAUAUUAACCAGCAUGCAGAAAGCUUACUAGUAAAAAUUACAAGUGGAUCAUUGGCAACAAAAAAGGGUGUGAGUUUUUUAGAACUUAAGUUUCAUCUUCUCCUUAGCUAUGUUAUCGAUCUCACUUACUACUUGUUAACAAAAACUGAUGGGAACUCAUGGCAGGGAGAUCCAGCUGUGGACAGAUUAGUUGAAGCACGUACAGUUUUGGAGAAACUGAGACCAAUUGAUCAGAAAAUGAAAUAUCAGAUUGAUAAAAUGAUCAAGACUGCUACAACUGGAGCAGUCUCAGGUGCUGAAAUUGAUCCUUUGAGAUUUAAGCCAAAUCCAGACAACAUGGUUUCAAAGCUUGACAAUGAGGAUUCACAGAGUAGUGACGAGGAAGGUGCCCCUAAAAAAUCCAAAGUUUAUGUUCCUCCAAAAGUAGCAGCUGUUCCUUAUGAUGAUAAAGAUGAUAAGAAGACUCGGAAAGAGAAAGAUGAAGAAAGAUCAAGGAAAAGGGUUUUGACUAGCUCUGUUUUACACGAUCUGAGAGACGAAUACAGUGAUGCACCACAAGAAAUUCGGGAUGAAACUGUUUCGCGUUGGAGAAAACAAAAAGAGAAGGACGAAGAAGAGGAGCGAACGAGAUAUGAAGAGGAGAAUCUACUUCGCCUGCCAGCCAAGAAGAAGAAAAAGAUAUCAGAGCGUGCCCAGUCAGGCAUGGACGAGCUGACCUCAUUCGCUGAUUUGCCUGUAUUAAAUGACGAUGAAACGAGUGGUGAUUACUCAACCAGGUCCAGUUCGCGCAGUAAAACAUCAAAAUCUAAGUGGAAGAAAAAACGUGGAGCUACGAAGAAGGGAAGGAAAGGGUUCGCUGGAAGACGCCGAAGAUGAAACAAGAAAUCAACGAGGCGAAUUGAAUGAUUAAAAAGUGAAACGUUUUCGCGGUCUUUAUUUUUUGUGUUUGUUUCUACAUUGUUUUCACUCACUUUUUUGGCAGACUUCACAUUCAAUCGCAGCACUUAAAAGAUACUCGCCAUAAUGGAGUUUAGCCAAAAUCAGCU